CGCAUGCGCAUUGAUGUAAAAUGGAUCAAUAAUUUCCCCGACGCUGUAAAAAAUUGAAGAAUAUAUGCUUGUAAAUUUCCAUUUUCCCAUCGUGCUUUAUUGCAUGUUUUGAUCUAGAUCGACCAAUUGGUUUGUCAGGGCUGCAAGUUUUCAAAAUGGUUUUAGAUUUUAAUCUAAAUGUUUUUGUUGAAAAUUUGAGAGCAACAAAACCACCAUAUGAUUGCCCAAUACCAAACUGUGGCAGAACAUAUAAGAGUUUCAAUGGAAUCCAGUUUCACAUUUAUAAUUUUGAUCAUGAAAAUCCAGAAAAUAAUUCACCAACACCAGGAAAGAAACCUUCCACUGGUAAAAAGAAGAAAUGGAAGCACUGGAGACAGAAGUGUGAACGACCCCCAACACCUCCAGAAUUUUUAAGACCUCAAGAGACUCUUACUUAUGCAGAAUCCCAACGAUUAGUAGAGAUUGACUUAGAUGGAAGAAUUCAUCGUAUUAAUAUCUAUGAACCGUUAGAUAUUGUUUCCCAAGAUGUAAUUGAUAAUCAGAGUAAUACUGAGAAGGAGGAGAAGGGGGAUAAAUCACCUUUAAAAAGUAUCAAAAGUGGGGAAGGACAGAAGGGACGAAAGGAUGCAACAACUUCUAGUCAUGGUAACUCUGCAAAACUCCCAGAGGCACAGUUUAAGAUUAUAGAGGAUUAUGUUAAACCAACAAAGAUCAAGAGCAGGCCAGAUUCAUACUAUCGCUACAUCGAAAAAUCUGUGGAUGAGCUUGAUGAAGAGGUUGAAUAUGACAUGGACGAAGAGGAUCAUGCAUGGUUAGAAAUAGUGAAUGAACAGAGAAAAAAUAACAGUUUAAAUAGUAUAACACAGGAAAACUUUGAACUAUUAAUGGACAGAUUUGAAAAGGAAGCUUUCUUCCAAAGUCAGACAUCUGGAAAGGAUUUAUUGCCAUCUAUAGAUGAGGAUGCUGUUUGUUCCAUUUGUGUAGAUGGGGAGUGUCAGAACAGUAAUGUUAUUUUAUUUUGUGACAUGUGCAAUCUAGCUGUACACCAGGAAUGUUAUGGUGUACCAUAUAUACCAGAAGGACAAUGGCUGUGUAGGAGGUGUCUCCAAUCACCUUCACGUGCAGUUGAUUGUUGUCUGUGUCCAAAUAAGGGCGGGGCAUUUAAACAAACUGAUGAUGGACGUUGGGCACAUGUUGUUUGUGCUUUGUGGAUUCCAGAAGUAGGAUUUGCAAAUACUGUAUUUCUGGAGCCAGUAGAUUGUAUGGACAGAAUUCCACCAGCAAGGUGGAAACUAUCGUGCUAUAUUUGUAAACAACGAGGUACUGGUGCUUGUAUUCAGUGUCAUAAGACUAAUUGUUACACAGCUUUUCAUGUAACUUGUGCUCAGCAGGCAGGUUUAUACAUGAAAAUAGAGGCAAUCAGAGAACCAAGCUCUGGUGGUAAUACAAUAAGUGUAAGAAAAACAGCUUUUUGUGAUGUUCAUGCGCCAGCAAACUCAGAAGCUGGGAGCACAGGAAUGUUUGCAGACAGCGAUGACACAGCAGCGAAAGCAGAAGCCAAGGAGAAGUCAAGAUUAAAGAUGAGAAAAGCAAGAAAGAUUUUAGCUGAAAAGAGAAAUGCUAUGCCAGUAGUUUCUUUGCCAAUUAUUCCAAAACAUAGGCUGGAUAAGAUUUGCAAUGUAGUGACAUUUGGCAAGAAACAACAGUUCCUUACCCGUCUAUUAAGCUACUGGACACUCAAGAGACAAUCCAGAAAUGGAGUUCCUCUCAUUCGUAGGCUACAGACAAAUCACAUGUCCAGAAAAGCUGAGCCAAAGAAUGACAAACAGAGCAACGCUCUACGUGAGCAGUUGAAGUAUUGGCAGAGGUUGAGACAGGAUCUUGAAAAAGCUCGACUUCUAGUAGAACUCAUUAGGAAGAGAGAAAAACUCAAACGUGAACAGUUACGUCUACAUCAGAUGGCAACAGAAUUAAAGUUGCAGCCCUUUGCCUUCCUUCUCCGUAAUGCUUUAGAUCAACUUGUUGAUGUGGACACAAAUAGAAUUUUCUCUGAGCCUGUUAAUAGAAAGGAGGUACCAGAUUAUUACAAUCAUAUUGAGCACCCGAUGGAUUUUGCUACAAUGAGGGUAAAGAUCUCAGAACAAAAAUAUAAAACAAUGGAUGAUUUUGAGGCAGACUUUGACCUAGUUGUUAGAAAUUGUAUAUCGUACAAUGCCAAGGACACAGUGUUUUAUAAAGCAGCCAUCAAGUUACGAGACCAGGGAGGAGCAAUUAUACGAUCGGCAAGACGUACAGCGGAAAGGGUCGGGUAUGAUCCCGAUACAGGUCUCCAUCUACCUGAUCCACCACAGGAACAAAAGAAAGAACCUGUGAUACUUGAAGAUUUUGACACAUUCCUGGAAAGCAAAGAUGAUUUGCCUCUAGAUGAGCAACUUAGAAUAUUACUGGAGAAAAUGGAUAUGGCUAGUCUAUCUAAGAGAAAGUCGAAGCUGGCAAAGAGGAUAAGAAGAGAGAUUAUAAAAGUACGUAAGAAGUUGGCAAUACAGAAAGGCAUUCCAAACAGUGAUAUGGAAGAGAGUGUCCAGGAUACUGCAUCAGAGGAGGAUGAUGAUGGAUCAGUAGAUUCAAGUAGUAGAACAGCUUCCCCUGUGAGAAAAGAUACCAGGAACAAAUCUCCCCCAAAGUCUCUCAAGAUCCCAAAAUCUCCAGCACCAUCAGAAAAACAUGUUGGACCGAAAUCUCCCAAAACCCCACUCAGCCCAAAAAGUCCUAAAGGUCAAAAAGGAAGCAUAUUGCGGAAAGGUCCAAGUAUUCCAUCAUCAAAAUCAUUAGAAAAAGGUGCUACAGGCACACCUGGACGAGGUACUCCCGGAAGAGGUCGUGGGCGUGGUAGAGGAAGAGGUCGUGGCAGAGGUCUCAGUAUAAGAACUGAUUCAGAAUUGGAUCCUGGAAAGCAAGAUGACAAGACAAACAGUGAAGAUCAAAAUAAACCAGGAACACCUACAAGUGUUCAGUCCGAUCAUUCAUCUGCAUCAACUCCUACACCAGGGGUAAACAGACGGACGGCUGUUCUCUUCAGCAAGAAAGGAUUGAAGAAAGAAGCAGUUAAAGAUGCAACAAAUACAACUAAUACUCCACCAAGAAAACCAGGUAGACCGCCUAAGGUCAAGAUCCAAGAUAAAGAUAAGAAUGCAUCGGAUUCCCCACAGCCCCCUGUGCUUGAACUUAUGAUCCCGUCCCCUGGCAAGUCCCCUCGCAGCCCCGGGGUACGUAAACGCUCUGCUAGUGCAAUAGGAAUGCAGAAUUUAGAUUCGGUUCCAUCUCCACCAAAGAGGACAAUGUCUGUAACUGAACCACUGCCAUCAUUCUCAGAACCACCUGAUAUUACUAGGCGAGACAAUUUUAUGACAUAUAGGCUUGGUGACCAUAUCCGCAGCUCUUCCGAGUCAGAAAGUACAUCUGGUAUGAGCAGUAGUGAUGAAUCCCUCUCUGACUCUUCAAGUACUGGAUCAAGUGAUAGUAGAUCUGAGUUAAGCACUUCGGGCACAAUGCAGCAGCUUUACACAGAUAGUGAGUGCAGCGAGGACGCAGGUGACAACACAACUAAACGGUCUUCAGGAUUAUCAGCUAGAGUAAUAAAGAAUACCAAGGUAACUGGAAUAUCAAAGUCAGAAUCAGAUAAUCAAAUAAGUUUGAACAAAAAUAGUUCAGGUCUUUUGAAAGGAUUUCAGAAUCUGAUUAAACCAAGUACCAGACAGUCCCUAAGAAAUAUGUUAAAGAGAAAUAAAAUGACAAGCAAGAAUAAUGUAAGUCUACAAAGAAAAACUGAGGAAAUUCAGGCAGAUGAUGUUAUAAAUAGCUUAGCUAAUGAAAUAAGUAAUAAAGUAGGAACAGACACUGAGAAAGAAAAUGAAGAAAGGUACAAAAUAAGGGAUCAGCUUGGGGGAGGAGAUAAUGCUAUUGAGACUAUACAUGAUGCUCACAAGGGUGAAACAGGAAGUAAAGAAAAGGUGGUUAUUGAAGAUAAAUGUAUUGAAGUGUAUGAUGGUCUUCAGAGUCCAAGUCUUGUAAGUGAAGGAAAUAAAAGUCCGCAGCAAGUGUGGACGGUGUAUGAUGACUUACCUAACAUGGAUGAGAAUCUUUAUGAUGAUCUUUUUAGAGCCAAGAAGAAUAAUGUAGACAAGGCUGGUAGCAGUAUAAGAAUGUCAUACUCAUGUACAGAUGGGUCUGUCAAAAAGUCUACAAAAAAGAUAAGAGACAGUUUCUGUUCAAAUUUACUUGUUAUUCCAUCUAAACCAGUAAAUAAAAGGCAGAACAAGUUCAGAGCUCUUGGAGACAUUAUUGACACAAUUAGAUAUGAUUCAACUGACAGUGUUGAAAGAAAAGAAUAUACUGAAGAUGUAAUUGCCGAAUGCACUUCAGGAUCCAUAAUGAAUGACUUACAUACAGAUAUGAAAAGAGGGUCACCUAUAACAAGACAGGAUCAAAUAUUGAAAUUAAGAAACGGCGCUGAGAAAAGAGUGGUUACUAUCACCUCAGAAAUGCAAAGAGGGAAUAGCAAACUUUCAAAAGAUAUUGUCAGUCCCAAGGCUGAGCAAGAUGACAUAAAAAUAAAGAACAUUUGUAACAGAGCUAUGGAUGAAGGAAAUUUGAAGUAUAGAAGAGGUAGAAAGCAAAGUAAAACUACAAUGUUUGGAAACAAUCAAAUGCCAGACUUGAUAUACAAGCUAACAAAUAAAAACAAAGUUUCCAUGUUUGCUCAAAGGCCUGUUGAAGACAACACUAUAGAAGCUAAGAGUCAGCCAGGAAACAGACAAGUAUACAAGAAUGCUGUAAAGAAAUACUCCCCAGAAAUAGAGAUUGAAACAGUCAAAUCUGAUGAUAAAACUUAUAAUGUAAUCACAGACAAAUCUGAAUGCAUUUGUGAUUUUGUUGACCAGCUAAAUGUAGAACAAAAAUUGAUACAGAAAUUAAAGAUGGAUCAAAAGAAGAAACAGUCAUUAAGGAGAUUGCAUGACAGCUGGAAUAUAGAACCUUGUCUGAAACAAAGAAGGAAAUAUGGACCAGAAAAAGACCAAGCAGAUGACUGUCACUCGGGGAUAGGUCGUGGACGUAGAGGUAGUUUUGAUAGCGAUGAAAUCCCUCUUGAACCUCUUGAUUUGGUUUGGGCCAAAUGUCGUGGUUAUCCCUGGUACCCUGCACUGAUAAUUAAUCCAAAGAUGCCAAAGACGGGAUAUUUCCAUAAUGGUGUACCAAUUCCUGUCCCACCAGAAGAAGUGCUUGCCAUGCAGAAACGAUUUGAUGAACUAGUCUACCUUGUAUUGUUCUUUGAUACCAAGAGAACAUGGCAAUGGUUACCAAGAAACAAGCUUGAACCACUAGGGGUCGACUCUGGACUCGACAAAAGCAAGUUGUUAGAAAAUAAGAAACCAAAUGUACGUAAGGCUGUACAGAAAGCGUAUGAGAAAGCUAUUCUACAUCGAUGUAGUGUAACUGGGGAACCCAAUCCUUUAUCAGGUGAUUCAAGCUGUGAAGAUUAAUUAUAUGAUAGUCUUGUUGUUAAUUUAUUCCAUUCUUAUCAUUUCAUUUCAAUAAAAUUCUAGAAAAUAUCAAAUUUAGAUGUGCUUAAGAUUUGAUUGAUUGUUUUUUAUU